AUGGCAGUGGUGGAAGUGGGAUGGACUAUUCGUGCCGGCUACAUUGGCGAUGCAAGGUGCACGAGACAGUCCUCUUCCAUUUGCUUUCAUGAUGGACCCAUGGAGACUAGUUUCCCAUCGAUAUUAAUGGCAGCAGAAGCCACAGGAGUGGAUAUUAUUCAGUCUGUGUGGACAAUUUGCUCACUAGAGCGCGGCAUGAAUCAAAAUGUGGAACAAUUGGAGUAUAUCAUGGGAAAUAAGCUUCAGUGCUCCAAGGAUGAUCCUCUCAUGUUGGUGUUGCCUGAGGCCUGGCAUGAAAGGACUGACUUGGUGCGAGAGUUGUUCCGUGUUGUGUUGGAGGCUGGAUUUACAUCUGCAUUGUAUUGCUGUCGGCCGAGUGUGGCCUGGACGUUAGCCUCGGGUAGGACUUCUGCCGUUGUGCUGGAUGUGGGACACAAUCAAGCAACAACGACGGCUGUGCUGGAUGGAUAUGCGUUGCGGAACACUGUUGCGUCCAGCAGCCUUGCUGGACGCUCCGUCACGGGGCGUCUGAUUGAGAUGUUAGACAGGGAACAACUGGAGUCACUUGAAAGUAUAAAACGCUACCGUGUACCUUCCAUUCGUAACUGGGCUUUGGAUGACAUGGUGAAUGACAUUAAAAGGAUGGCGUGUUUUGUACGAGUGGGGCAUUCAAAUUUUUCUCUAAAGGAAGAGCCGUUGGUGUUACGUGCUCCCGAUGGAAAUUCUGUCACAGUUUCAGCAUCAGCGCGGACUGAGCCAUACGAGAUGCUCUUCUCGCCACCAACUGGCUUUGGUGUUUCCUUGGCAGAGUUACUUGUGUCAUGCAAGAAGAGGCUUGAUCCUGAGUGGCUGCAACAAGCCGUUCCGCAUGUUUUUUGCGGUGGAACCUCACAGGCGCCUGGUUUUUGCGAUCGAAUUAUAAAGGAAGCACAGAAAAAGGACUCGUGCUACUUUCGCUAUGAGAAGGAGGGUUCUUUCCAUGUUUUUGGUGCAGUGGAUGGGGCCUGGACUGGUGCCUCCCUAGCAGCGGCGAGCUCUUCCUUUGCAUCGCUUUGGGUAACGCGCGCCGAUCUUGAGGAAGAGGGUGAUUCCGUACUUUACCGUAAGUUACUCUAUUAG